UAUUGCCGCAGUUGAACGUAUGCUACGUACGCAUACGUCGAUCAAGACUGAAAGGAGUCUGAUUUCGUUGACUGAAAGCUGUAUUCAUUCGCUGCAAUUGUAUAAAAAUGAACACACUACGUGCGGAUUUUCAGCGGGACCUACCCAUCAACUCUCCACCAGUUCUCUGUAACCUGGAAAAUCUUCUUCAAGGGUAUAUAGAAGGUCCAGAACAGUUGCCUAUUCACGAUGUCCAAAAGAUUCAGUCCUAUUGGCCUAGGCAGCCAAACAUUUUUGCGCUUCUUCAAUCAGAUCUGGCACCUAUUGAAACGUACAUUAAAUUCAAAAGGGACACAAUAACCGGGUUAUUCGGUGAUAUGUAUGAAGACUACAUACAAGGUGCUGGCGCCACGCCUAGGAACUCGGUGUCUAUGCGUCGAACUCCUGUCCCACCUGCCGAAGGAGUGAGAGGUAACGCAAGCAACUUUCUGUUUUGGCCCGGUGGAUUCGAUAUGCCUGAGCCAACGCAGGAUGGUCCUAGUGUGGAAAUCAAUUUUGAGAACAAUCUAAGGGUAUUGGCAAAAGGUUUCAAGUCUGGAAUAAAAUUUUCGGAAGAUAAGUGUUCACCUGAGAAUGCUAACAAAGCAGAUAUCACCAACCCAGAUUCUCUCCCGCAUCAGAAAGAGAUAGAACCCUGCAGAAAGACCAUAAAUUUGAUGGCCAUGGUACACGAGCAGGAGAAUUUGAUCGGCUUAUGGUCCAUGGCUGAGGUAAACACACCCAAAGAAGAUGAGCCUCUCAAAUCGUCUCUUGCAGAAUUGCCUGAUCUAGAAAAAAUAGUCCCAAAGCAUUCUGCGUUGGCUGAUUUGCCCGUUUUAGAAAUAACAAAGAAAGUGAACGUUGCUAAGAUAUCUACCGAAUGGGCUGAAGUCUUGGAUGUUUCACUUCCAGUUUCAGACUUUGAAAAACGCAUCCCAGAUCCAGCUAUCAAGUAUCCCUAUGAGUUGGAUACAUUCCAAAAACAGGCGAUCCUGAAACUUGAAGACAAUUGCAAUGUUUUUAUAGCUGCCCAUACUUCCGCGGGAAAAACUACCGUUGCCGAGUACGCUAUUGCUUUGAGUCAGAAGCACAUGACCAGGUCUAUUUACACAUCUCCUAUAAAAGCCUUGUCAAAUCAAAAAUACCGUGAUUUCAAAAAGACAUUUGAAAGUGUAGGACUAAUUACUGGAGAUCUACAAAUUAAUCCAACGGCAUCAUGCCUCAUUAUGACAACCGAAAUCUUGCAAUCAAUGCUGUAUUGUGCCUCAGAAGUAGUCAGAGACCUGGAGUAUGUGAUAUUUGAUGAAGUUCACUAUAUAAACAACGAGGAUCGUGGCCAUGUCUGGGAAGAAGUAUUGAUCCUUUUACCACAAAAUGUGAGCAUAGUAAUGCUGUCUGCAACUGUUCCCAAUACCUUGGAAUUUGCAGAUUGGGUUGGUAGAACUAAAAAACGGAAAGUUUACGUUAUAAGUACUCUUAAACGUCCGGUGCCGCUGCAGCAUUACUUGUAUACCGGCUGCGGUGGUAAAAGCAAAAACGAUCGAUUUUUGAUAGUCGACUCGGAUGGAAAAUUCAAAAAGGAUGGCUGGGAAAAAGCGUCAGCGGCUAAGACAGCAAACACGAAAAACCCAGGUGAAAGGAAGUAUCAGCUGAAUCCAAAUCAGGAAAAAACCUUGUGGAUCGGCUUUGUAGAUCAUCUCAAGAGAGAAAACAAGUUACCAGUCGUGGCCUUCACUUUAUCGAGAAAUCGCUGCGACAAAAAUGCGGAUGCUAUGAGAUCCGUUGAUUUGACAACAGCAACGGAAAAACAUCAAAUCAGAAAAUUUUUUCAGCAAUGCAUAACUCGGUUAAAAGAACCAGACAGAGAAUUGCCACAAAUAAUAAACAUGCAACAACUAUUAGAGCGAGGAAUAGGCGUGCACCAUAGCGGAAUUUUACCAUUCUUGAAAGAAGUAGUCGAACUAUUAUUUCAAACUGGAGUUGUGAAGCUACUAUUUGCCACGGAAACUUUUGCAAUGGGUGUAAACAUGCCUGCGCGUACUGUGGUCUUUGAUUCCGUGAGAAAAUUUGACGGUACAGAGUUGCGAACUCUCCAUCCAGCUGAAUAUAUUCAAAUGGCGGGUCGUGCCGGGCGUAGAGGCUUGGAUGACACGGGAACAGUGAUAAUUCUUUGCAAAACAGACGUGCCGGAUACGCUGGUACUACAAAAUAUGAUGUUGGGUAAGCCACAGAAGUUGGAAUCUCAAUUCAGGAUGACGUACGCUAUGAUAUUGAACUUGAGAAGGGUGACCGAGUCCGUCACUAUAGAGGGAAUGAUGCGCCGAUCUUUCAAGGAGGUCGCACUUGUUGCUCAUGAGAAAAAGUAUAAGGCCGAACUUGAGGAGGUAGAAAAACAGCUUUCAAACUGCGCUGAUUUAUCAGACUCACAAAAGCAGCUCUGCAAUUUCUACUCGAUUGCCACGGAGUAUCUAGAAGAAUGGUGCCGAUUGAGACCCUAUCUUUUAGACACGAAGAAGGCUGCCAAAUAUUUAACACCCGGUAGAAUUGUACUAGUAUCGCACCGCGAACACUACAAUAAACUUGCUUUACUCUUGGCUACAAUACAUCGGCGGCAGGACACACUUUACAGAGUUCUGUUACUUACCAAUAUUCGGCAAUCUGAUUCUGAACAAGGCAUAAAUCCAGAAGUCAUGGAAUCGAAAAUUGGUGAAGAAAAGUCGGACAACUGGUACAAGAUUAUUGGGUUCAGCAAGAAAGAACUAUUUGUACCUGAGGGAGUUGCUGGUCACCAGAUUCUUGUCAUUUCAGCUUCGGAUAUUCUAGAAAUUACUUCACAAGUGAUAAAGAUUGAUUGUCAGCUCAUCAUAAGUGACUGGGAAAAGAGGCAAAUCCCCAGAUUCAAGAACGAUCCCCCGGGUCGCACAUGUUUAGCUGCUAUUCAAGAGCUGACAACGAUAUCAUUAGACGCGGUCACGAACCACGAAACGAUCGAGCCUUUCGUAGAUUUAAAAUUGAAUGAACCGUCUUUAGCUCCUAGAAUGCAGUAUCUAAAAAAAUUGAAAAAUAAAUUGGAUGAAAUAACGUGUACGCACAUUGCCAAUUUAGAGGAACAGUUUGAAGCUGUAUUCACUAAGAAAGAAUUGGAAGCUAGAAGAGAAAGACUCAGCUUCCGCCUCAGCCACGAAAGUCUGUCACUCUACCCAGAGUAUACAAACAAGGUUGCCGUCCUCAAAACAUUACGCUACAUUGACGAUGACGAGAGAGUUGCACUUAAAGGCCGAGUGGCCCUGGAAAUGGGGACACAUGAAUUGCUCAUGACUGAACUAGUCUUCACAAACGCUCUGACAGCGCUGCAGCCAGCUGAAAUUGCUGCUCUACUUUCUGCCCUAGUUUUUCAUCAAAAGACUAAUGUGGAACCGCAGCUGAUCUCAUCUCUGAAAAACGGAUGUAAAAUCAUAGAAAAGGUUCAAAACAGCAUUGCAUUGGUGGAACAACAAAACGCCGUUGACGUGGAAGAGCCAUUAAAUUUCGGAUUAGUGCAAGUUGUUUACGAAUGGGCAAGGUCAGAACCGUUCGCCAAAAUAAUGGAACUGACAGACGUCCAAGAAGGUAUAAUCGUAAGAUGUAUACAGCAGUUAAACGAAACCCUGAGAUAUGUAAAAAACGCUGCUAUCAUUAUUGGCGACCCAGUGCUGAAGGAGAAGAUGGAAGAAGCAUCUUCUGCUAUAAGAAGAGACAUAGUUUUCGCUCAAUCCUUCUAUACCCAAGAUUAAAUGUGCUCAGUUCAAUAGCAGUAAGUAAAUUGCUGUUUUUUCUACUUACUUCAGCGGGUACAUUAUUGUACAGUGAUUCCGGAAUCUUUAUUUUCGAUUUAUAACCUGUUCCUUCCUGUUUUCUCAUUAGCAUUCUCUAGUUUUAUGAUAAACCAUUUAGUAGUAAAUUGUUUUUUUUUAACAAUAACAUUUUCUAAAAAGA